CUGUCUUUGUGCUUGUUUCUCUAAAAUUCUCUUUGUUGAUUAUAAUCAGCUCCAGAAAGGGCUUUAGAGCAACUCUGGUGGCAGUGUGAUGAUCACGUGUUUGCUGUUACACUCUAGUUUGUUUAUCUGUCCAUCAUGGAGGCUCUGACUCAGGCUCUGUCCACCAGCUUCUCUGUUUCCAGAGACCCAAAUAGCACAUCUGCUCCUCACCCACGCCUGGCCCAGUACAAGAGCAAAUACAGUGUUCUGGAGCAGGGCGAACGCCGCAGGAGGUUCCUGGAGCUUCAGAAAGCAAAGAGGCUGAACUAUGUGAAUCAUGCGCGUCGGCUGGCGGAUGGAGACUGGACCGGAGCAGACAGUGAGGAUGAGGAGGAUAAAGAGACGAAAAGUCAGCAGCAGCUGGAGAACAGCGCAGAGGAGGAGGGAAUGGAGAUCGAGCAGAAGAAGUUACCGAGGCAUUACGCCAACCAGCUGAUGUUGUCAGAGUGGCUGGUGGAUGUUCCUGCUGAUCUGAGUUCUGACUGGCUGAUGGUAGUUUGUCCAGUUGGGAAACGUUCCCUCGUCGUUGCCUCCAAGGGAUCCACAUCAUCUUACACUAAAAGCGGCUACUGUGUCAAUCGAUUUCCUUCUCUUCUCCCUGGUGGCAAUAGACACAACUCUGCCUUGGGAAAAGAUUACACCAUCCUGGACUGCAUAUACAGUGAAGUGGACAGAACAUACUACAUCCUGGACGUCAUGUGUUGGAGGGGACAUCCUGUGUAUGACUGUUCUACCGAGUUCCGAUUCUACUGGCUGCAAUCUAAAGUGGAAGAGGUUGAAGGUCCUUCUGAAAUUUCCAAGAUUAAUCCUUUCCGAUUUAUUAGUCUGAGCAGCAUCAGCUGUUCAACAGAGUCCAUCCAGAAAGCUCUUGCACAUGAUUACAGCUUUGCGGUGGACGGCCUUCUUUUCUACCACAAAGAGACCCACUACACCCCGGGCAGCACUCCGCUAGUGGGCUGGCUCAGACCCUACAUGGUGAAUGAUAUCUUGGGCAUAGAGGUGCCACAGUGCCCCCUCACCAACAAGCCUGAAUAUGCCAGCCACCAACUUCAACAGAUCCUGGAGCACAAGAAAACAUCUACAGAAGUUCGGCCAGCAGAUCAAAAUGGCCGAUAUGAACUGGAACACCUCUCCACGCCAGAGACGCAGCAAGAAAACUCACACUCUUCUCAGAAAGAGAGCAUGGACGUGUGAGGUUCAGGAAAAAGACAGCAUGAACUGGUUUUAUAGAGAGCAUGUUUUCUCAAAUCUGUGAAAAAUGAUUUAGUCUAGAACUUGAUUGUGUUUGGGCUUGAGGAACUGCAGUGCUUUUGGGUGAAUUCAGGCAUGAAGAUCAUCACUAGGAUAAUCUAAUUUCAAGAGGACAGUGAUGUGGAUGAAUUGGGUUUUAAAAUGCUCUAUUAUCAAAUUGCAAUUCGGUUAUCUCAGAGGGGCCCAUUUCUAAAACCAUAUUCACUAUUCUGCUUAUUUGCACAUUAUUUUAGUACAUUAACAGCUAUAUUUGGUAGUCAACCCUCAUUCUCUGUUAAAUUCACCUGCUCUUUUCAGUCAUGCAUUUCUUUAUUGGAUAUUUUAAAUGUAGCUUUUUAAAUUGAUCAUAAGAUUCAGCUGAUGAGAGCCCAUGAAUCGUUUUUUAAAUUUGUGUUACAACUUCAUUAAAGUUUUACUGUCUGUUUCUUUCA